GUCGCUUAUAUACGGCUGCCACAGACUUGAUGGGAUAGUCAAGACCACAAUCUCCUUAGUUAACUUGCAAUUCACGUGUUAAGAGAUUCUAUAUACAGAUAUUAAAGAGAAGAAAAAACCAGUGAACGUCAUUCAUCAUGAAGGUCACCCUUGCAUUCGUUCUAUUGUGCGCCUGCGUCGUCUACGCAUUCCCUUCGGACAAGGACCCCAAGGCGGCACCUCCCAAGGAGGCACAGGACCCCAAACAGGUCAAGGACCCUGCCACCGCCUCCAAGGAGGUUAAGGACGCCAUCAAGAACGCUAAGGACGCCAAGAAGACCAAGAAGGAGUGCGCUAAGAACUGCCCACAGCAAUAUGAUCCCGUCUGCGCUCACCUUCCUACCGAUGUCAACGUCAAGCCGAUCACCUUUGGAAGCCAGUGCGCCAUGGAAGUCCACAACUGCGAGUCUGGAGCAAAACUGGUGGUGAAGAACAAGGGAGAAUGCGCUGGAGCUGGCGGCGUCAGGCUGUCAUAAUCGACGUCUUCGAUAUCCGCACCGGGCAAUAUCCUGAAGAGUAUUAUUUACGAUAUACGAAUAAUAUCAUUAUAUAACUAUAUACCGAAUUGAAAUCGCACGAUAAUAAUCGUCGUUAAUAUGUAUUGUAUACUUAGCUUUCACCGGAUCGCGUAUAUUAUAAUAUAUGUAUAUGUUAAAUAACGUACAUAUCAUGCAUUUAACACUAACUAUGAAACCAUAGCACAAUUAUACCUGUUCUUCGUCCUCGUGUACAAAAUGAAAAAACCGUAUCGAAAUCUGACUAAUAUACAAACAUGUAUUCAUA